AUGUUAUAUAAUUUAAUAAAACAUAUACAUUCAAUAUUAUAUAUAAUUUUUACAAUCGAAACAAUCAAAUUAUAUUUGUAUCCAUGGCAACAAUUAAAUAAGCCAUUCAAACAAAUAAAACAAUUUAUACAGAAUAUAUUGAUAUUAAUCAUUGUUAUAACAAUUAUAUUAAAUUGUCAAUUUAUAUGGACAUAUGAUUUAUCAAAAUUAGAAACAUUUAUAUUACAUGAACGUAUAUUACAUAAUAUAUAUAAAUGUGAUUUUGCAUUAACAUGGAUAUUAAGUCCAAUAUUUUUAAAUUAUAUAUGGCCAUUAAUAGAUCAUAUAAUUGGUGAUAUAUUACCAUGUAUCAUAUGUUUAUUUAGUGGAUUAAUUAGUUAUAUAUUAUAUCGAUUUCAAGUAAUCAAAUAUCAGAAAGAAAUCAAUAAUAAGUUGUAUGAUCAUCAUGAUCAUAAUAGUAGUCAAGAGAAAUAUCUAACUAUAUUCAUCAAUAAUAAUAAUAAUAAUAAUGAACAAAGAUAUAAUAAAAAUUAUUUAUUAUAUAUUAGAUGGAUUAUGAAAAUAAUUCGAGUAUUUAAUUUAAUUUGUAUUAUUCAUGGAAUAUUUUUGAUACCACGAUGUUUAUAUUAUUUAAUGAAAUAUUUCUUUUUUAUAAGUAAAGUAACAAAUCGUAAUAAUGUACAUAAUCAUGAAUUAGAUGAUUUUCAAAAUCAAACAGAUCAAGGACUAUUGAAUACUAUCGGUUAUAUUAUGGAAUUAUUAAAACCUUAUGAAAUUUAUUUAAGUAACUAUGAGUCUGCAUUACGUUUUAUAAAUUUUAUUGAAAUAUAUAUAAGAGCUAUUAUUCUGUUAUUUGGUAUAAAAGAAUUUAAAUCAAAUCUUUAUACACAUUUAACUACAAUCAUAAAUUAUUGUAAACGAUUAUCAUUAUGUAAUCUAUAUGAUGUAAUUCCAAAAAAAUGUACAAACAUUCCAUUCAUAAAUUAUGGGAAGAAAUUAUUUAUCCAAAAUUCUGGUCAUCAAGCUAAAUCUGUGCAUAGAACUACUACUGAUUUACCACUGAAUUAUGAAAAAGUCAAUGAAGAUGUUGUAGAAAUGUCGGAAUAUUUACACAAGCAAAACUGUAGCUCUAGUGAUCUCAGCAAUGAUAAUACUAAUAAUAGUAAUGAACAGAAGAAAAUACCUUCUUUCGUAGAAUAUGGCAACACAAUGAAUUCACAAACCUCUUUAAUUACUAAUACCCAGUUUAAUCAUACUACUUAUAAAUAUAAAUGUAAUGAAUCGAAUACAAUAAAAAUUAAUAAAUUCACAUCUAAUCUUAAUAUUAAUUCAAAAUAUGAUUGGUAUAAUUUGAAAAAAUAUAAAUCAAAUUCAAGAAAUCAUAAUUUUAAUGAUAUUUCAAAUUUUGAAUUAUUUAGAAAAAAAUAUCAGAUUAUUUAUUUAUAA